AGGGAGGCAAGCAGGCAAGCAGCGGAGGAAAAGGAGUGGCUUUCUGUAGAUAGCUGUCCGUUCUACGACAGCCCUCUCUCUUGCUCUUUCAGUGACGGCCCUGUUAGUGACAAUAGUGGGGCCGACCGGGAGCUUCAAGACCCAGAAGGAGUGAAAGAGAGAAGGAGUGAAAGAGAGAAAAAAAGAGGAGGAAUCCACAGUCGAGAGCCAACCCCGCGUUCCCAACAGCACCAUGAUGUCUGCCGCACCCGCAAAGAGGAUGGUGUCCUCUGUGUUCAUCACUCUGGCCUCACCGUACCGCGCCACGGUCACGCCUAACUCCCACAUUCACAGCACUAAGGCAAGAGAUCCCCUUAACUCUGCCCUGCCCCUCAGCCCCGGCUACAGCCCCAGUGAGCCACAGCUUGCCCAGCGCCGGCCCUCGGCAGCCUCACAGGACGGGCACAACAGGACCCAGUUGCCCUCACCUGCCCCAGCGUCAGCGCCUGAGCCUAUCCCAGCACCCCCUUCACCUGUGACAACCGUGGGGAAGGACAGAGUUCCUGGCAGAGGAGAGGGCCCAAAACAGAAGCCACCCACAGCAGGAACCACUUCUGAUGAGCUCUUUCCCGCUCCGCCCCCUGUGACCGCCCCCCUGGAGCUCUUGGCUGAUGCUGCGAUUCCCCCACCUCCUCCUCCAUCCAUCCACAGCCCCCAUCUCACCCCCUCUCACCUCCAGCCCCCUCCACCCACCAUAACACAUGAGGUAAGUUAUCCAGACCUUGAGAACCUCUCGUUUCCACACAACCAUUCCCAUCCCAAGACCAGCAUAGCAGGAGCUCCCGCCGAGAAACAGCUUGUGGAGAGACACCCCUCUGGUGGAGGCCAGACAAAUGAACAGCUUCAGACACAGCCGGACAACAUGGGGGAUGACGUGGGACGAGAGAGCAAAGACCUGUGUGGCUUUUGCAGAAAAUCUGUGGCUCUGAGUGAAUCUGCUAUCGAGGCCUUAAACAGGACAUACCAUGCCACUUGUUUCCAGUGUCGGCAAUGCCACGUCCCUCUAGCUGGCAAACUGUACUAUAACAAAGCUGGGAUACCUCUCUGUGAGGAGUGCUACCAGGCCAGCCUGGAGCUCUGCUGGGCCUGCGGUGAGGUCAUCAAGGACCACGUGAUUCGUGGCUUGGAGCGAGCCUAUCAUCCAUCCUGCUUUGUAUGUACAACAUGCAGGCAGCCAAUCGGAGAGCAGAGAUUUGCACAGGGAGAGGUUGGGGAAGUCUACUGCCUUCAGGACUACUACAGGAAGUAUGCCCCACAGUGUAGUGCCUGUGAACUGCUGAUCAUUCCGAGAGAGGACGGCACAGACAGCUUCACAGUGGAGUGUCUUGGACGUUCCUUCCAUGAAGAUUGCUACCGUUGUGAGGUCUGCAGGCUUGUUCUUUCUCCAGAGCCUAAUGAGCAGGGCUGUCACCCACUGGAGGGUCAGAUCCUCUGUAAACCCUGCCACUUGACACUGGUCCAAAGAGCACAGCAAUGAAGCCAAACUCAGCUCAAGCCCAGAACCAGAGCGAACGAAACAAGAGCGACCCUAAGUUGAGAUGGAGGGAGAAGAGAAGGAUCUCAAAACUAAAAUCAGCUGAGGGGACAUCCCACUUCAUGGGAGAUUCAUGGGAACCACUGAAAAUUACAAUAUGUUUAUAUUUUUGUGGAAACUUAUAUUCAUGUUCAUAUAAAAUGUACCUUCAUGUAUGUCUAAUGUAGCAAGCAACCCAUCUAUUUUUUUUCACAUAGCUUAAUCCUUUGCACAUUUUGUGAGCACCAUCAAUUUAAAUGCACCAAAGAUAUUUAUUCAUUAAAUCAUACAAAAUGUUGGUAUUUUCUAUAUCGCGUGAAUACAUCGAACAUUCCUGUUUUUCAUUUUAAUAAAGUAAACUAGAAAGUAAA